AUGAAUAAGAACAUUGAAGACCAAAGUCGGAUCAGGCUGCCCAACCACACUCACCCUUCUGAUUAUGUUAUUGAUGCCGAACCCAGGACGUACGAUCCUGAGUUUAUCUCACAGAUCAGCAGUAGGAUGCAGGUGCCACACAGAAUUGGUGUGGGUUCAGACUUUGAUGUGGAGGAAAAUGGUUUUGUCCAUCAAGAACUACCAGCAGCAACACAGUUUGUGGGGAUGACAGUGCCAGACAGAAUUAUUUUAGCAGGGGACAGCCAUCAUAUCGCCUUGAAGCAAGACCUCAACCUAGACUUCCCUGGCAGCUCCAAGGUCUCUGCUGACAGCUCAUCACAUGUGGGGCUCAUUACUCCUCCCAGGAUCCUAACUCUGGAGGAGAGGUUCCCUGUUGUGGAGGAGACUGAUGACCAGAAGUUAAUUGCAGCUCAUGGAAUGGGGCCUAAUAUGGGUCACAGGACCAGCAAUGGCCAUAUAGGUGGUUUCACGGUCCCUUAUGACCCGGGAGUGAAUCUUCAUGACCCAGUUUUACUUAACGAGGAAGAUGAAGCAACAUUGGUGAGGACACAGGUUGCAAAACUGACGAGACGAAUACAGGUGAUAGAACAGGACAACCAGAAGAGAUCAAACAGAGAGCUCAUCUUGUACCCUGUUAUUCUGGGUUACUUUCUCUGGAAGAUUCUUGGCUGGAUGACCCGCGAUCGAUAA